GUUCAGUACUGACAGUGAAUAUCAGAAGGCAACCGACAUGCGCUUCGCGCUCAGCUGGCGUAUAUAGAUGUACGUGGCUCUCUUGGUAUGUGUUAUUCCCUCUAUUCCAGUUUUUACGAGGUCGUGCCUCUGUUUGACUACACAGGUUCUACUCAAGAUUAAUUACGUAUGAAGAAAAUGUAACAUGAUCGUAAAUAAAUAAAUUUGUGUCGUUUAUAGGUUAUAUUUUGCUGUUAUCUUGAAACACUUAAGAAUCGAAGGUCUUAAGUCUGGUGUACAUAACUUGCAGACGCAACCGCAGUGGUCAUCCUUGACGCUUCUGAUUGGCUAUCGCGACAAGCAUUCGACCUUAUGCCCAUAUCUACUUCGACGCGUAGUUAAAGUUUCACAAGUGGAUCGACAACAUGGAACAUUUACCAUUGCACGAAGCUCUAAGACCACUGGCUUGGUUGGAAGGGACGUGGAAGAUAGAGAACUAUGGCAGUGGCAAAUAUCCAACUAUUAAAGAUUUCAAUUAUUGCGAAGAGAUAAAUUUCACAUCCAUAGGCCAACCUAUGUUUAAUUACACCGCACAAAGUUGGCAUCCAGAAUCAAAGAGGCCAAUGCAUCGGGAAACAGGUUUUCUAAAGAUGAUUCCAGGGACCAACAAAGUAUCUCUUGUUUUGGCUCACAAUUUUGGUCUGGCAACUAUUGAAGAAGGCGAAGUGACUGAGGAAGCUAUUAAUUUGAAGAGUACUGAAACUAUAUUAAGAGCAGAGGGAACAAAAUCACCUGCUGUUACAAAGCUGUGCAGAGAGUUCAAAUUGGUUGGCGACUAUUUGGAACAAGUACUUUAUAUGGCAACUUCAAACACUCCAGAACUGACUGAACAUUUGCGAGCAAAGUAUAAAAAAGUGUGUGAAAUGGCAUGAGAAAGUACAAAGAAAGGAUCAAUUUUGGAAUGCGUUUUACUGCGUGUAUUACCUAUUAUUUACUGAUGUAAUUUUGGAAGUGUCGUACGCGAAUAAAAUUCCGGAGAGUCGAAGAAAUGAA